CACUGCAAAGCAGGCUUCAAAAGCAACUUGAAGAAGGGGAUGAAGAGAGGACACGAUUGCAACAAUUAGUCUUACGAUUAGAAAAUCGUCUUCAGAAAUAUACCAUGGAAGGAGAAGAGGAUCGUUGGGAAGUUCAGCAAAUGAAGGCAAAAUUAUCUGUACAGCAGAAAUAUUUAGAUGAAGAACAUAAAAUGAAUUUGUUUCACAUUGAAAAAGAAAAGGAAAAACUCCGUUUAUCUCAGGAUUCUUUGCUGCAUGAACAAAAAACUAUUCUAUUGCAAUUGGCACAAGAGCGACAACAGCUAACACAAGAAAAAAUUAACGUGGAAUUCUUAGCAAAGAGGAUCAAAGAAGAAGAAGCACGGCUAAAUAUUAGAAAAUUAAAGGAAGAAAGCUUAGGUGAAUCUCAAAAACGGCUUAUUCAGGAGGAAGAAAGCAAACUUUACUUUGAAAAAGAUCGUCUUAAACAGGAAUCCAACCAGUUGGAAAGAGAAAGAGAAUCAUUGGAAAGAGAAAAACAAGAAUUAAAGAAUGAAAGAGAGAAAUUUAAUGAACUUCAUUUAUCUGUUAAAAGAAAAGCUGAUGAAGUUGAAGAAAUGGCUUUGUCAGCUAGAGAAGAAAGAGAACAAGCUCGGUUUGAACAUGCUGCUGCUCUCAAGAUUAAAGCUGAACACCAUUCUAGAAUGCAGCAAAUUUCUCAACAAAUGCAAAUAUUAAUGGAGAAGCAAAGAGAACUGCUUGCAGAAAAGGAGAAAUUAUCUGAAGAAAAGCUUGAACUGGAGAGAAAGAAAAAUUCUAUAUUGUGUAAUCGAUGUAAACUUUCUAUUGAAUUUCCAGUAACUGGUAUGCAAUCAGUUAAUACAGUACCGAUGUCACCAGCACGCAAGGUUAAGGAAAUUUCAAAUCAUAUUCCACAGUCUAGUAUUGAUCCUGGUCUAGUGCUGUGGUAUAUUUCAGCUCAAAAGAUUCGGAUAUUGGUCUUAGCGGUUAAGAGAUGUGAGAGAUCGGUUGCAGUGUUCCAGCUGCUGAGAGCUGGCCACAAAGUAGCAACGCCACCAAAGUACCUUCCACUAUCUUUCAGGUAA